AUUGGCAGCACAGAAACGUCAUAGCGAGCAAUUUGAACGUAGGAUUUUUUAAUCUCUGCCUGCAUUGUUUAUAUCACGCAUAACUCAUUCAGAAGUAGGCUGCAGACACAUCUGGUAUUUUGAAUAUUUCAAUUGAUUUUAUUAAUAUCAACCCACUAAUAGCAUAUUUGUUAAAUCAGAUUUAAGAUCUUGAAAAAUGUUAAAAGCCGGCGGCUUCUUGGUGCUUCUAAUAGGGGUGCUGGUGGUUGGUUCCCAAGCCGCAACUACGCACAAGCACACCCAUCAUCCAUCUGGUGGAGCGAAAGAACGCAUGGAGGAUGGAAGCUACGCUCCUCGAGAUGCCCAUCAUAUGGAAGGGGACGAACAUCAUUCGGAAUUUGACCACGAAGCCAUUUUGGGUAGUGUGAAGGAAGCGGAAGAAUUUGAUUCGCUAACUCCGGAGGAAUCGAAACGACGAUUGGCAUUGCUGGUGCUGAAGAUGGAUCUAAAUUCCGACGGGUUCAUAGAUCGACACGAGCUGAAGGCAUGGAUUCUGAGGUCAUUCAAAAGUUUACUCGAAGAAGAGGCUGCCGAUCGGUUUGAGGACAUAGAUCAGAAUAAUGACGAAGUGAUUACGUGGGAAGAGUACUAUGCCGAUACAUAUGGCAUGGAUAACGAAGACGAAGAUGCCGAAAAGAUGGAAUUAGAUCCCAAUAAGGAGGAAGAACGAAAACUGAUGGCUGAUGACAAAGAGAUGUUUGAGGCGGCUGAUAGCAAUAAGGAUGGAAAGUUGGAUAUGAAUGAGUUUGUUCAGUUCAUGUCCCCCGAGGAAUUCCCGCAAAUGUUUGCUGUUGUCUUGAAGCAGACAUUGCGCAAUAAGGACACCAACAUGGACGGGAAGAUUGACUUCCAGGAAUACGCGGCGGAACACUCUAGGGAUCACGACAAAGAGUGGCUGAUAACCGAAAAAGAUCGGUUUGAUAACGACUUCGACAAGGACGGAGACGGUUAUCUGAAUGGCAAUGAGAUUUUGUCUUGGAUUCUUCCUAGCAAUGAUGAAGUGGCAGAGGACGAAGUUGCCCAUUUGUUUGCAUCCGCUGAUGAGGAUCACGACGAUCGUUUGUCGUACGAAGAAAUCAUCAACAAGUACGAUAUCUUUGUCGGGAGCGAAGCGACGGAUUACGGCGAUCAUCUGCACAACAUUCAUCAUUUCGAAGACGAAUUGUAAACUAUCUGGUCAGAAAGCAUUUAACUUUUUACUUUAUAUAGGCCCUGCGUUAGUCUAGUCUGUCGACAAGUAUUUUAAUUUCGGAACAAAAUUGCCAUUAUUGACAUAAAUUUAAAUUCAUUUACAAUUUUGAGUAAGUUUUCGGUCAAUCCAAAUAUUUGCACAAAGUGGUAACGAUUCUUCUGUUUAAAUAAUACCAAAUAAUUAUUUAUUUUUCGCGGGAAUCUGUAGACUAAUACAACUAAUACUAAUUUAUGCAUUUAUUGUCGUAUCAACUCGAAAUCGUUUUAAAGUAUUUAUAACAAAUGGUUUAGAUACAAAAUAAACUGAAAAAAUUAAA